AACAAACCUUAAACAAAUCAAGAAAAUACUCCUUCUUCAGAGAAGCAAAGGACAGUUGUCCCUCCUCUCUUCUUCUAUUUCUGUGUUCAAACUGUGGACCUGAAUCAGAAACCGAGAAUAAAGCCAUACGAUUCUUCCUCUCUGCUAAGUAUUCCAUUUCUCGUUCGAGUUUUCACACAGAUAAUUGAAGCCAAGGAAAAAUGCAUUCAAAUCACUUGCUGCUGGAGGAGCCAAUCAGGAUGGCUACCAUUCUGGAGCCAUCCAAAGGGAGUUUCUUCCCUGCAAUGACGAAGAUCGUGGGGACGCUGGGCCCGCGCUCGCGAUCUGUCGAGGUUAUUUCUGCUUGUCAACUUAUUCAAGUUCUUGCCUUUGUUUCUGUCUUGUUAUUUGAUUUUUCAUGGGGUGAUGCGACAUAUCAUCAGGAGACACUAGAGAAUCUGAAGGCUGCUAAUAAGAGCAAUAAGAAACUAUGUGCUGUUAUGCUAGAUACCGUGGGCGCCGAGUUACGGGUUGUCAAUAAAAGUGAAAAAGCUAUAACCCUGAAGGCAGAUGAGAAGGUUGUUCUAACACCUGAUCAAGGUCAAGAAGCAUCGUCGGAGAUUUUGCCAAUCAACUUCGCGGGACUGGCCAAGGCUGUGAAGAAGGGAGACACCAUUUUUGUUGGCCAAUACCUAUUCACAGGAAGUGAAACCACUUCUGUUUGGCUAGAGGUAGAUGAAGUAAAAGGUGAUGAUGUGGUUUGCAUUAUCAAGAAUUCUGCAACCUUAGCUGGAGCACUAUUUACAUUGCAUGCUUCUCAAAUUCGGAUUGAUCUGCCUACUCUAUCUGAUAAGGACAAGCAGGUUAUCAGCUCGUGGGGAGCUCAGAAUAAAAUUGAUUUCCUGUCAUUGUCAUAUACACGUCAUGCGGAGGAUGUUCGUGAGGCUCGUGACUGUCUAUCCAAGCUUGGUGGUUUAAGUCAGACCCAAAUCUUUGCUAAAAUUGAAAACGUAGAGGGUUUGACCCAUUUUGAUGAGAUCCUACAAGAGGCUGAUGGAAUCAUCCUCUCACGCGGAAACCUUGGCAUAGAUCUUCCACCUGAGAAGGUUUUCUUGUUUCAGAAGUCUGCUAUUUACAAAUGUAACAUGGCUGGAAAGCCAGCAGUGGUGACUCGUGUUGUUGAUAGUAUGACUGACAAUCUCAGGCCUACUCGUGCAGAGGCAACUGAUGUCGCUAAUGCUGUUUUGGAUGGAUGCGACGCAAUUCUUCUUGGGGCUGAGACCUUACGUGGAUUAUACCCUGUUGAAACUAUUUCCACUGUUGGCAAAAUUUGUGCCGAGGCAGAGAAGGUCUUCAAUCAAGACCAGUACUUCAAGAGGACUGUAAAAUUUGUAGGCCAGCCCAUGAGCCACCUGGAAUCUAUUGCUUCCUCUGCGGUUCGAGCGGCCAUCAAAGUGAAGGCAUCUGUCAUCAUAUGUUUUACCUCAUCAGGAAGAGCAGCUAGAUUGAUCGCUAAGUAUAGGCCAACAAUGCCUGUUUUAUCUGUGGUCAUCCCUCGGCUCACUACAAAUCAAUUGAGGUGGAGUUUCAGUGGUGCAUUUGAGGCAAGGCAAUCGCUCGUAGUACGUGGUCUCUUCCCCUUGCUUGCUGAUCCUCGACAUCCAGCUGCAUCCACAAAUCCAACCCACGAGUCAGUUCUUAACGUUGCUCUUGAUCAUGGAAAAGCCUCUGGAGUCAUCAAGUCUCAUGAUCGAGUAGUUGUCUGCCAGAAAGUUGGAGACGCAGCUGUAGUGAAGAUUAUCGAGCUUGAAGAUUGAUAACUUAAGCCGAUACAUCUUUAACACGCAUUACCCUCCUUUUUUUUCCUUUCCUUUUUGGGUGGUAGUGCGAUCAACAAUCAUAUUAGGCGUUGCCUUAAAUUUUGAUGGUAAUUUUUGGUCAUACGAUGCGUUUUACGUUUAGAUCAAAUAUACAUCGGGGUAUUCUUGAUGGGAAUUUUGCUCUUGUGCAAAGCUCUCCAUAACCCCAGCAAUUUUUCUGUUGCGGCUGACCGAUGUAGCAACAGUUCGGAGAUACUAAUAUGUAAUUUUGAAGCUGCAUAUGCAGAACCAUGAAACUGUGGCUGUUUGCUGUUCAUUCUAGCAAAGCAACUAACUUAUAUACCAACACAUGACAUGAUAUGAUGUAUA